AUGAAGGUGGGGAAAGCAACCAACCUCUUUGGUUCUUUCUUCUUCCUUGUUUGUUUAAGCAUUGAAUUUUCCUUGGUUGUCAGGGGACAGAACAGAACAACAAUCCCAGUGAAUGUUGGUGUGGUUCUUGAUGACCUUGAUUCACCAGACACAAAAGUUUGGUUGAGCUGCAUCAACUUGGGCCUCUCAGACUUUUAUACCUCUCGUGGUUCCUCUACAACUAGGCUGGCUUUAAGCAUCAGAGACUCCAGAGAAGGUGUUGUAGAUGCUGCUGCUGCAGCUUUAGACCUGAUAAAAAAUGAUCAAGUACAUGCAAUCCUAGGACCGAAAUCAUCGAUGCAAGCCAACUUUGUAAUUGAGCUUGGAGACAAAGCCCAAGUGCCCAUAAUCUCAUUUUCAGCAACAAGUCCUUCCCUCACUUCCAUUAGGAGUUCAUAUUUUUUCAGAGCUGCACAAAAUGACUCUUCCCAAGUCAAGGCCAUAAGUGCUGUUGUCCAAGCCUUUGGAUGGAGGGAAGCUGUCCCCAUCUAUAUAGACAACGAGUAUGGCCAGGGAGUCAUACCCUACUUGGUAGAUGCCUUGCAAGAAGUUCAAGCUCAGGUCCCUUACCGAAGCGCCAUACCUCCAGAGGCAACUGAUGACCAACUUGUUGCAGAGCUUUACAAGCUAAUGACCAUGCAAACUAGAGUCUUCAUUGUGCACAUGUUGCCCUCUCUUGGCUCUCGCCUUUUCGCCAAGGCAAAAGAGAUGGAUAUGAUGGAUGGAGACUACGUUUGGAUCAUGGCUAGUGGAAUGACCAAUCAUUUAACUACCAUGAAUGCUUCAGUCAUCAAUUCACUGCAAGGCGCAUUGGGUGUGAGGACCUAUGUGCCACAAACAAAAGAGCUUGUCGAUUUUAGAGCUCGAUGGAAAAGGCAAUUCCAAAAGGACAAUCCAACCAUAAUUGAUGCUGAGUUAGAUGUUCCUGCACUCUCGGCUUAUGAUGCUGCUUUUGCAUUAGCCAUGGCAGUUGAAAAUGUUGGGACUAAAAACUUUGGCUUCGAAAAGGCGAAUGCUUCAACCAACUCAUCAACUGAUCUUGAAUAUUUUGGGGUUUCCCAAAACGGUCCAGAACUUUGCCAAUCCUUGUCAAGUACUAACUUCAGAGGCCUCUCUGGGGAUUUCAGCUUUGUUGAAGGGCAAUUACAAAAUUCCAUUUUUGAAUUGGUGAAUGUGAUUGGGAAUGCAGCAAAAACAAUUGGGUUUUGGAAACCACAGAGUGGACUUGAGAAAAAAUUGAAUUUGACAAACACAAACGGUCCAUAUUCAACCUCUAAAUCUAAUCUGGCACCUAUUUUAUGGCCAGGGGACUCUCCCUCUGUUCCCAAGGGAUGGGAGAUCCCCACAAACGGCAAAAGAUUGAGAGUAGGAGUUCCUGUAAGUGAUGGUUUUGCUGAGUUUGUGAAGGUGGUGCCUGGUCCUAGCGCUAACACAACCGUAGUUUUCGGAUUCUGUAUCGACGUCUUCAAUGCUGCAAUGGCUGCAUUACCAUAUGCUGUUACUUAUGACUUCAUUCCCUUUGCAAAGCCUGAUGGCACAAGUGCUGGCAGCUACGACCUAGGUGUUGAUCCUAACAAGUUGAGGCCUUAUAAAUCUUCAGAUGAAUGCCAUGAGUUUUUGACAAACGGGAGUGCAAAUGGCGGCAUUGCUGCCGCUAUUGAUGAAACCCCCAACAUGAAGCUUUUUCUUGCAAAGUAUUGCUCCAAAUACACCAUGAUUGGCCCAAUAUUCAAAACUGAUGGCCUUGGUUUUGUCUUCCCCAAAGGUUCACCUUUAGUACCAGACGUUUCGAGGGCGAUUCUGAACGUGACUGAGGGAGAUGCCAUGAAGGAAAUUGAAAAUAAAUGGUUUGCAGGGGAUGCAACAUGUUCAGAUACAAAACCCACCAUCUCAGAUUCCAACAGUCUUGGCCUUGAUAGCUUCUGGGGUCUCUUCCUCAUUGCCGGGGUCUCUUCGUCACUAUCUCUCAUCAUAUUUGCAGCCUCCUUCUGUUAUAGGCAUUGGCACAUGUUCAUGACAACAGGCGCUUCUGCAUGGAAAAGAAUCAAGGUGAUGCUUAGAAUCUUCGACCAAAAAGACCUCAGCUCCCAUACUUUUAGAAAGACUGGUUCUCAAGAUAGAAAAUACAUGUACAAUGCUGGCAGUAUAGCUACAUCUGUCGAGGCUUCACCAAACAAUAACAGCAGGCGCCCACCAAGCCCACCAAGCCCUGAGUCGAUUGGCCGUUCAAACCACACAAAUCCACACUCACCUUUCUGA